AUGUCUCGCAUGAAUUCUGGUGUUCCGUCGAGAACAACUCAAAUGACUUUGAAAGAACAAGAACGAGUUGUUGAUGAGAUCAAAAAGGAAAAUUUUGGUUUAAAGAUGAAAGUGUAUUUUUUAGAAGAGCGAUUGAGUAAACUCGGUCCAGAUGAAAUGGAAAGGGCUUUAAAAGAGAAUGUAGACAUAAAGAUUCAAAAUCAUGAUCUUAAAAUUGAAUUGAAAGAAUACAAGAAAUUACUAUUAGAGUCCGAUAAAGCUAUACAAACUCUUCAACAAAAUGGUACCGGCUGUCUUUUACAGCAUGGUAUGUCACCAGCAGAAGAAGUUGCUUAUCAUAGAGCUAUUAAUCGGGCCGAAGAGCUUAGUCAGGAAAAUGAUCGCAUUCAACGCAAACUCGCUGAACAACAAGGUGAAAUUAAACGCCUUCAUGAAUUAAUCAAGAUAACAAGGCCUGAAAUUAAUUUUGACGAUGAGGCACCAUUAGAUUUACUUGAUUCAAGUACUGAAAAUCAACAAUUAAAAGAAUUGAUAAAUCGUGACAACCGCCUGUCCGGUGAUCAAAGUACUAAGAUUGCAAUGUUGAAGGAGACGUUGCGUAAAGAAAGAGAUGAGAAGCAUGCUAUUUCACUUGAGGCUGAACGACUUCGGCAACAGAUACUUGAUCUUAAAAAUCAAAUGUCUGAAUCAAAUGUAGAGUUAAAGAGGCUUCAAGAAGCUGCAAUGAAAAAUUCCAAUUUAUUAAGAAAAGGAGAGUUGGAAAGAGAUGAUGAAAUAAUUGAUGAUUGGGACGUGAGCAGAAAAAUAAAUGAUGCUGCUGAUAAAGCAAGGCAAGAUGAGGUUGAAAAACUAAAAGCGCAAAUUACCAAUCUUAACAAGCAGUUGGCUUCCCGAACAAAUGAAAAUGAUGAUUUAUACUCUGAACUAGAGAUGAUUAAAGGUCCCCUUAGCUCUACUUCGUCUUGUGGAGAUAUUUCUUCACGCUUCCUUAAUGGAGAGUUUAGUGAACAAUACGAAGAGAGUCUCGGUCAUUUACGUGACAAAGUAGCAGAGCUGACACUUCAACUCCGUGAAAAGUCCAUGGAAGUCGAUCAACUGGUAGUAGAACUGGAUAGAAACACGUUGGCACAUUCUACUUCAGUUCAAGAUUUUGAAGAUGACAUGGACAGAAUGGAAUGUCAAUUCCAAGAAGAAAUUGCUUUGUUGAGAGAUAACGAUAUGCGUUACGAAGAAUCGAAAGGUCAGAUAGAAAAUCAACAACGUGAGAUACUGGAAUUAUCUCAAUCAGUUGAGAAGUAUCAAACUGAACUAGAAAAUAAAUCAAAGGAGUUGAUAAACUUGACAGAAUCCUUGAAAAAGUCCAAAACCCAGUUAACCAGUAUGGAACAAGCCCUUAAUGAAAAGGGUAUGGAAAUAACUGAACUUCAGUGUCAAUUAGAAAUUAAAAUUAAAAGGUUAGAAUCCGAUGAGAAAUUACACGAGAGUGUUGUUUCAGACUUGAAAGAGGAAGUUCGAGACAAAAAUUCUACCAUUGAUGAACUAAGAGCACAAGUUGCUUAUCUCGAAAAUAAUCUUACGCAGGAGAAAAAGUCUACCUAUUCGAACGAGACUCAAUAUCGCGAUCAAAUUAUCGAACGUAACACGUUAUUGAUGACUACAUAUCAAUAUCUGGAUGAUAUACUUUCUGACGGAACAAAUAAACAAUCCACCUAUCCGAAACCAUCUGCCAAUUUCAAAAUAUUCCACGAGCAUCUAUUAUCGAAACUUAAAGCUUUAAGCAACACUUAUAACAUGUUUGACCGUAGAGUGAAAGAAAUAGAUAAUCGUUGGCAAGAACAAUACGAAUCUCUUAAGAAUCAAAUGGAUAUAAAACUACGCUUACUAAAUAGAUUUGAAGGAAUGAUCAAUAAGGCCGCUAUUGCUCAGAAAGAUUGGAAAGAACAAGCAAAAAAAAAUCAAAGCGAACUUGAUGCUGCCAAAAAUACCAAUGAUGAGCUCGUUUAUCAGCUUUCAACUUUGCGAGAGCAACUUGAAGACUAUAAAGUGGUUAGUACUCAUGCCGAAGAACUUGAAAUUAAACUCAGAACAACAGAAUCCAGAGUUAAAGAAUUAGAAUACAGGGAAAAACAGGCAGAGGAAAGGCUCAAGGUUGAAAAACAAGGUGCCAAAGAAAAAGCUGAAUCUUUGAUUGAAAACAUUAAGGACAUUGAAGCUCAACUGCAAGCCCAGAAUCGUAGGAAUGCUCAAUUGCAGGAAAUGAUUUCUAUGCAAAAGGCCUCAAUGGAGGAGGCAACUAACGAAUCAAAAGUUAGGGCAGCUAAAGUAGAAAACACAUUUGCAAUGUUAAAUGAACAGCUUCGCGAACAAUUAGAGGAAAAGAACAAAACAAUUGAAAAUGAGAGACAGAGAGUUAAACAUUUGGAAGAUCAAUUUUCUUGUAUGCUUGAAGAACAAAAACGGUUGCAUUUGCAGAUUGAAGGGAGGGAAACCAUGAUUAGCAGAGUUCUAAAUGGUUUACAGAUGAUCAACCAACGCAAAGAUGUGAUAGAAAAUGCAGCAUUGAAAAAUAUUACAGAGGAUAUGCAAAUUGCGCUUUCACUUGAUCGUAAACCUUCUUACCAACCUCCCGUCAAUAUUAAUCCACCUUGGAAACCAGCUGGCAAUAAUCUCAGUGUAGCCCAUUCUAAGAAAACUACGGUGAAAACUCUAUCGACUAAAUCAUCCAUUCCCGUCUCUUCGAAAUCAAAAGGUGUAAAUUCUACUAAAUCAUUAAUACCGACACCUAGUGAAAAGACGGCAAACGAAAAAUCUUAUUUCAAUAAAAGUUGA